GUCUAAGUUUACUUCCGGUAUUUGACAGGUUCGGAAAGAUAUUUCAAGCAACUCAAAGUAGAGGAAUUAGGCAGCAAUGCAAGUGGAUUGUGUAUUUGUGGUAUAAUUUGAGUGACUGGUGGUAAAUGCAUGGAUAGAUGAUUUCAGUGUAAUAGAAGGAAAAUGGGGGCAUGUUAUUCCAAGUCUGGACAGGAUGUCAAUCCAGACAAAGAUAAAAGACCUAGAGAGAGAAAGAAGGGUUCUCAGAAAAAUGGUCAUGCAGGAUCAUUUAAAAAUAGUAGACUGGUUAUAGAUAUUCCAAUACAAAAAGAUCUCAGUGACACAGUCUAUACAGAGGACAGUCAUGUUAUUGUGACAGACACAACAAAUUGUAUAAAUAAAAGUCAGCAGACCAGUCUGGAUCACCUGACUAGAGAUGCAAAUAAAAAUAUUGAAAAUUUGACUGGUUGUGAAAUUUUAGAACAAAAUGAUCUGGUUGUGAUAAAUGAUAAAAGUGCUAAACUCAAAGAUGAACCCAGUGACUCAGAAAAUGCUCAAAAAGGUUUUGGUGAGAUUUCAAAACAUUUAAACACAAGAGAUGGAAAAGUCUCGGCAUCAGACAGUGGAAUAGAGGUGGAAACCUGUAAAAGUUGUGAAAGUGCAGAACAAAAGAAGGAUGCAAAAGAUGAAUAUUCGGAAAAGUUCGAAACACAUUUAAAUCCCUUAGAAAAUCAAACUGACACUGCUACAAGCAGUGUAAAUGUUACUGAACAAGAAAUAAAACGAAGCUCGUAUAUAUGUUCAAAUUCCAAAAUAUGUGAUUCUCAAAGACACAGAAAUGUCACAGACCAUUCCAACAUCUGUAGUUGCCAUGAAGGUGAAAAUAGACAGUCAAUAGCAUCAAUAGACAGACUUAGUGAGUCUAACAAAACAAAUGAAUCGACAACGGAUUUGGAUAAAAUCCGUCUGGCGAUACGUCAGAAUUCGCUCGGAACGCCCACAGAACAAAGGUCAUUCCUGGAUGGUUCAGAUAUCAGUUACGAUCUUCCGUCCACCAUUAGCCAACCAGAAGUGACCACUAUGACGAUGAAUGGACGAGAAGUUGUUGUGAUAGAUGCAGACCUUUUUUCACAAAUCAUUGAUGAAAUCCAGAAUUUAAAGAUGAAACUCAGCCAGUUAACAGAAGUCAUUCAGGAUGCUGAGGAUGAAGAUGUAGAGGGUAGAACAGCAGCCAUUUCAAUACUUUCAUCAUCUGCAUAGUGCAGUCACUAAAGUGCAAUUAUUUAAUGUCUUCAUCUGCCUGUGUUCCAUUUACUAAACUCUUUACAACCCAAGGACAGCUGGUGAUUUAUGUGUGGUUUCUGGCAGGGAUUAGAACAAGAACAGUUGCUGUAAGGAAUAACAUUUUUGACAUGAUACAAAGUGCUGUGCAGAGAGAGACAAGGCAAUGAAACGCUUGUUUUAUCUGUAUGAAGAACUGUAAGAGUGCUACAGUGGAAAAGAGCUUUACUUGGUGUGGAGAGGUUUCAUCUCAUUUGUUCCUGGCUCAGGGAACCAGUAUAUGUCUUGUUCCAGGCAUAGACUUGUUCCUCAGGUUCCUGGCUUAUGAAACCAGUUUUGCCUGGGAACCAGUUUCUGUAUUGUUCUUGGCAUAGACUGGUUCCUGGCUCAGAUAUUUUCCUGCAGGAGACUUUUAUUUAGGGGACUUGUGUCUCAUUUGUGCCUGGCAUAGCAUUGAGUGCUUACAGAAGUAGCUUUCGUAGUAACUAGUUAAUGUUUAAAGUGUGGAGUGUUGCACAAAAAAAGUUAUAUAGAGAGCCAUGACUGCUUAUCUAGUCACACACAUACCGGUAUAUAGUUUUAACUGCUUCAGCUUGUGAAAUAGGUUGGUUAAAUAAAAUAAAAAAUUUCCUGACAUCCUUUCUAAUAUGAUUUGUAUUUAGUAUUUAGAAAAGUUUUAUUUGGAAAAAAAAACAAAACAAAGUAAAUUUUAAAGAAAGCAGCAUCACUGAAGUUGACAAAUUGAUCACUUAGGCUGACAAAUUGAUCGCCAUAUGUAAUCAACUUUAAAGCUGACCAUUUAUAAGAAUGUUCAGUUGUGAUCACAAUAAAAGCUGAAUGCAAUUAAUGUAUGAUAAAUAGUUUCCACAGUUAAGGUAGUUCUGCAUGUUUGAUUAACCAAAAGUAAUGGCGUAACUUCAUUUAUCCGGAUAACAUAUAAUAAAGCAUGGACUCUGUAUACGGAUAUGAAAAUCAUUUUAUGAAUAAAUGGAAACCUGUGAGUAAAUUUAUAAAACGGCAAUGUUUCUGUCUUUCUGAAGAGAAGAUAAGAUAAUAAAAUGUUCGACACUAAAUAAUUCAAAAUAGUGUCAUAAAAAAGCGUGUAAUAUGCGGAUCUCUUUAAUCAUGUGUAAAUAUAGCGUAAACAAACACAUGGACAUAAACAUUUUUUUCCAUACUUAUUUAUGAUUGUGAGAAAUUUCAUCAAAAUCACCAUUGUAGGAAAAUUUCUAUCCACGAAAAUGUUAUAAAAUUAGUAAUUUUCCCAUAGACACCCAUUAUGAAAACUUGUCUGAGGUUCAAAUUUUUCAAAUCAGUCUAGCAAGAAAUCAAGCACACAACCCUAUCAUUUUUAUUUACCAGAUUUUCUAGGUGUGUUCUGAAGUUCUGAAAAUUCAGAGUUAUAUCAAAUUCUACAUCGUAGAAAAAAAAUUGAUCUGAACAUGAGAACUACCUUAUUUGGAACAAGAAAAGGUCAGCCUCUAAAGAAUUGCUUGAAUUUUUUUAACCAAAGCUACAAAAUGUCACACACCCGUUAUAGAAGCAUAUUUAACUCAAUUACCAGUAUGUUUUCUUUUGCAGUUUGCAGACUUUACAUUGAAACUUAAUCUGAUUUAUUACUUGAUAAAUAAAAAUUAUAGUUAGAGUUUUAGGAGACAACAGACAUAUAUUUCUGUAAUUGUUUUUACAACUAUGGAACAGAGUACUGGCAUGUAUGAACAUGGUGUUGCCAUGUAUGCACAAUUUUUGAAGUGUUUUGAAAAUCCUCUCGCUGUGUAAAAAAAUGCUGAUUUGAUAAAUUUCUUCAACAUUAAUUGAAACUGUUUACAUACAAAAAGGAUUUGUUAGUUGUAUUUCUUUUGGAUAAUACACCUGGUAGUAGUUUUAAUUGUGCUGAAAGUUCCGUUCUUCACACACACAAAAUGUAUAACUUUCAGUGUCAGAAAUUUGAACAGUUUGAUUUUUACUAUGAAACAGAGCUGCAUGCAUAUUUAAGUAGUAAUAUAAAAGCUGAUUUUUUACUAGCAGUGAAAGUGUGCAAAAAUAUUUUACCAAAAUUAGAAUAAUUUGACAGCUGAGUGUCCUUAUUAACCUUUAGCCUAUUGGUGGCAAGUGAUUCUGUGUUUGCGACCAGCGCAGACCAAGAUCAGCCUGCACUUUAUGGUCUGCACUGUUCCCUAUUUAUUCAGUCAGUAAAUUUUCAGUGCAGGCUCCUUUGAAUGAUAAAUGGUACUGCCCAAAUUGAUUGAUGGACCUGUCUAUAAAAUUUAGCAGGCUAAAGGUUAAUGGACACAAUUCAAAAUGGCAUUCCACAGCUGCAAUAAGGAGUUUUAUAUGUAACAUUACAGCCAUAUAAAACUGAACAUUUCACUGUGAAAUCCCCAAUUUCUAUAUACAUAAUGUAAAAAGUAUUAAAUCCUGGACAGUUUCAUGAAAAACUGAUAUUAGAUUGAACAUUGCAAGCAAUAUGUAUUCAUAUGCAAUUACUACGCAAAAUUUGGUUGUAUUUAAAGGAUGUGAUUGAAAUUAUAACAGUUUUCUGUCAGUAAUUAUUUGUAUAUGUUGCAAAAUUUUUAAUGAAUUUUUAACUUAAAUACAAAAAUUAUUUUUUGUUGAUGGACAAAAUGGCCUGAACAAAAGAUAGGUCAUAGCAUACUAAAUUAUUUUUCACAAUUUGUAUAAACCCAAUUUAUUUAUUACACUUUGUAUUCAUUUUAUAAAUUUACAUUUUAAGUGAGCCUAGUCAUAUUAGAAGGGUACAUAUAUCUGUACUGUUGUAUAAUAUGCAUCUCUGUAUGAGGGUUGUCCAUAAAGAGACUACAAGGGAACUUUGUAUUCACCAGGACAAGGUUGUGACAUGAUAGUGCUGUGUAUUUAUUGUUAUUCUGCGAUUUAUAUUAGGUUACCUCUGUUUCUACAUAUUUGGCACAAUUUAAUAUCCGUUUACAUUGAAAUCAAAUUAACUAGUUGAAAUGAAAUUUAUAUAAUUUAAUGAAUGCUAUAGGGUUGGUUAUCAUGACAUAUAUUUAUAUCGAGGUAUAUCAUGAAAUUUGGACAAAACCAUACUUUUCACGUCUGAGUCAACAGAUUUUUAUCUUGAUUUAAGAUGAAUGUAUUCUUCUUUUUCAAUCUUUUCCAGUUUGAUUUGAUAAGCUGAACUAUAGAUCUUGCUCUGUGUCAACAAUGUAUAGUCUGUUGAUAUGACAUAAACUUGGCAAAUUACGAUUUUUUUGAUGUUGGGCAAAAAUAUUUCCUAUCUCUGCAACAUACUUACAAUAAUAUUUUAUAUUGGAACAUAUCCGAGUGCACACAAGUCAUAUUGCUCAUGUUCUGCGGUCAACAGAAUUACUGGUAAAGCCAGUACAUAGUUAAUACUGUGCAUUAGUAAAACAGGCUUAAUUUAUUCCCAUAAUUAAAAACACAUAAAUUGAUAAUGAAUUCAUGUAUUUUCAUCAGUUACAUGGCAAACAGUUUUAAAUUGGCUCCAUGUUUACAGGCUGCUUGUCUUGCAUAUCAGCUUUUAUUUUUCCACAUAUUGUACCCCAAUUAUUUUCCAAGUAGAAGAAAUGGAAAGGGCAAGGGAACAUACAUUUUCACAAGUCAAAUAGUUUGCAAACUGCUAAUUCCAGACAUUUCGCAAGGGAAAUAUUCGGGUAUUGCUGAAAAUUGAAGUGCCAAAGCCAAAUGUUUUUAUCUUUACUUGACUGUAAUGACAUGUAUUGGUGAACCUGGAAAUAUAGGCGGGCUGAUAUUUUCACAAUUUCUUGAAUUUGCAAAAUUCACGAAUAUUUCCUUGCGAACUUUUCCCACUUACACAGUACUUACCCAGUCUUAGAAUGUUAAGAAGUGGUGAUCCCUGUAUGUUGUUAAUUCCUCUAAAAGUGUAUAGAUCUGAUAUUGACAUAAUAAUGAGCCGCGCCAUGAGAAAAUCAACAUAGUGGGUUUGCGACCAGCAUGGAUCCAGACCAGCCUGCGCAUCCACGCAGUCUGGUCAGGAUCCAUGCUAUUCGUUUUCAAAGCCUAUUGCAAUUAGAGAACUCGUUAGUGAACAGCAUGGAUCCUGACCAGACUGUGCGUAAGCUGGUCGCAAACCCACUAUGUUGGUUUUUUCAUGGUGUGGCUCAUUAUAUGAGCUAACCUACAUUAUUUGUAAUAUAUCAGUCUUAAAUAUUUUACCAAUUAAGACAGUUUAUGGCAUUGAUCCGAGGCAUAGUAUCAGCCAACAUCAAUAUCUUACAUGAUAAAACCAUGCAAAUUAUACAAUAACAGCUGCUUGACAUGUACAUUAUGUAGAAAUUUUAUAGUAUAGUCUUAUUGAAUAUCUUGCUGGUCAUUAGUCAGAACUAUUGCCCAAGUUUGAAGGACUAAGGGCAAUUAUUUUGAUUAUUGACCAGGAAGCUGUUCAGUAAGUGUAUUUUACAUGCAGUCAGAGAUGAAUUUUCACAAUAUUUUUCUUCAAGUUUUGGCUAUUGGCUAUAGCCUAGAAAAAAUUUAGUGUUGAACUGUAGACUGGUAAAAAGCACAAACUAUGGACUGGUGAUUCAUAUAAGGAGUCAUGUAAUAUAAGCUUACAAUGAUAUAGCGGCUAGUGUCGACUGAUUUUCUCGGUGCAAUGACAGUGAAUUAAUUUGAAAGGUUGUGUAUCGAAUCAUAUAAGUACAUAGCUUAAGCUUUAAUGAUAAAUUAUUUUUUAUAGAUAUAUAUAAAACUGCAACUUAACAUGUAGGCUUCAACACUGCUUUAUAAUUUCAAACAGUGGACAGUUAACCUAUUCUGUACUAGUACUAACCUGUUCUCUGCAAGUACUUAAACUGCCAACCCAUCUUCUCUACACGAAUCAGAGGUGGAAGACAAAAUGACUCCUGCUACAGGGUCUUUUAUCAAAAUGUCAAGGACAUAAGCCUUACCAGGGGAUCAAACUCACUGCUCUGCAUUCAGUAGACCAGUGCUCUCCCUGCUGAGCUCAGCUUGCGGGCUCUUUCAGAUAGAUAUACAUCUUUAUUUAUAAGCAACUGUUGUGAAAUAAGAUUUUUAACAUUAUCAUUUCUAUAACAUUGUUGCAUGAUGCACUUGUUUUGACAAUAAGGGGUUAAAUGAGUUGUGCCAUGGGAAAACCAACAUAGUGGAUUUGCGACCUGCAUGGAUCCAGACCAGCCUGCGCAUCCGCGCAGUCUGGUCAGGAUCCAUGCUGUUCGCUAACAGUUUCUCUAAUAGCAAAAGGCUUUGAAAGCGUAAAGCAUGGAUCCUGACCAGACUGCGCGGAUGCGCAGGGUGUUCUGGAUCCAUGCUGGUUGCAAAGCCAUUGUUGGUUUUCCCAUGGCACGGCUCAAAUACUUUUUGUAGGGGCACAAUAUACUCGAGUUGUGAUAUCAAUAUUAUUUGCAGGAAAUACAUUUUUGACUAUUUUACAGCAUUUUCAUUAUUUUCUUUUAACAUUUUGGACAACCCUCAGUCUUCUUUCUGUCUUUCCCAUAUGGCUCUGGGAGACAACUUUUGUAUGAAAAAUAUUGGAAGCACUUUCUUACACUUGCUUAAUCGUAAGAGAGAACUAGGAUCUGAACACUUGGUUUUGCUGCCAAACAGGUAUGAACAUUUUUAUUACAUACCAGAUAUUUUUAUUUCAAUGUAAAUGAGAUGUGAAACCAAAAUGUUUUGUCCUGUUUGGUAUAUGUUGGUGCACCAUAAACCGGAAUAAAAAAAAUGAUGUCUCAAACUUGACUAUCAAGGAUUUAAUCUAUGAAUAUGGUAGAACAAAAAGAUUGUUUACUGAAUAAAUGGUUGAUAGUUGUUACAUUAUUCAUAUGUCUUGUAAAACUUGUUCAGCCUUAAGUUACAGGUCCCAUUUGGAUUCCUUGGUUAGAAAGUGUGUUGAUUUAGUAAAUUUAACUCCAUUGUAGCUUGUCAGAUAUUUUACCUUACAGUAUACUUCAGUUACAUACCUCUUUAGCAUUUUGCACAUACAUAGUGGCCUUAAAAUGUACAUGGCUAAGGGGGAUUAUACUGUGCAUGGCAAGUUUUCUUUAUAUGUCAUACAUUUAGUUUCACACAAAUUACAGGAAGAUUUUGAUAAUUGGCAUAGGUUAAAUAAAAAGGUCAAUUACUCUUUAAGUCUUAUUAUAAGAUGUAUAGCAUUUCAUAUACCAGUAACAUGUUAUAGCUCUCAGAAGAUUGUUAAUUUUAUAUAGAACGUAUAGCAAAUUUAUUUACUACUGUACAGCCUAUACCAGUAAAUAAUAAGUCUUCUCUUUCUUGAUAAGCUUUUAUAUAACCAACACAGAAAAGCUACAGUAAGGUACAUCAUUAGCCAUGAUUGUUCUUUGAAGUUCAUUUUGUUUCUGGAAAUAACGAGUGACAGUCCCAGAUACUAGGUCAAUAUAAAGUCCAUUUAAUAUCCCCUAGUUUACAGGGACCAAAAUUUAAUGUCACUAUAGCAUUUCUUAUAUGUCAGUAUUUUACAAAGUCAUGUUGUUUAUACAGUAUGAGGUUGUGACACAUCAGUCCUUGUAAGAGUUCAUAAUUUGCCAUGUAAUCUGCAUAAUGCAUAACUUUUUGGACAGUCAUAAGGUUUUAAUAUGGUCAACCUCAAGGAUCAAAAGUUGAAUCUGUUGUGCAGAUCUUGCAGAUUAAAACUGUAACUGUCUCUUACUUAGAUCAGAUACCAUAUUUUGUUGAAUAAGCCUAAAAUCAGUGCACUUAAUUGCAUAACACGGUAGAACUUGAAUGACCAGGCAAUACAAAAUUAAAAGUAACUUUUAUAGCUUUUAUUCUAACAUCCCAGACAUUAAUUCUUAUGCUUCUUUUUGAAGAGGAGAUGUAUAGUGUUUUGUCCAUGUCAGUCAGUCUGUAGAAUGGUAGAGUAUUUGGUUUCCAGUCAUUUGAAAAAAGUUUAGUGUACAGUGGUCAGACUUCAUAUACGACAGUUGCUUUUUGUCUGUAGUUGACCACUGUUGUUUUGUAAUCAGCAGGUCAAGGUCAAAGUCACAGUGACCUUUUGACCCAAAACAGCUUUUGCACAAUAACUGGAGAACACUUGGGCCAAUUAAAACCAAAUUACAUUGGAUGAUUGCCUGAGAUCAGAUAAACGUUCGUAAGGUCAUAAAGCAAGGUGACCUCAAUACUUAGAAUAAUUUUGUUUCAAUAACUGGAGAAUAUUUAGACCUAGGAUUAUUAACAUUCAUAUUGAGACAAUUGGCUGUGGUUAGUUUCUGACCUCUGUCAUUUUUGAUGUCAGAGGUCAAGGUCAUAGUGGCCUUGAGACUUAAAAUUUGUGUCAGUUUGCUUGGACAUAUAACUGUCAAACUUGUCCAUGGCAAAUAGAUGAGGCCCAGUGAUUUUGCAAUGUCAAGAUCAUAGCAUGCUUAAAACCGAAAAUUACACAUCCAGCUUCUGCUAGUGGGCCAUCAGGGGUGGCAUAUUUGUUUUAAAUGAGUUAAGAUUUGCUGGAAAACUUCCCAUAGUAGAACUUAAUGUAUAAUUUGAUUUUCAGUUGUUUACACAUUUAAAAAGUUGCUCAAAUGUAAAAUUGUAUUAAACAGUUUAUCAGGAUCUGGGGUUUCAUUUGAGAAAGUUUCUGAACUAAUGCCCUGGGACCCAUAUUCGUAAACAUUUAAGAAAAUAUGCAAAUAUUACUUCUUUCGGUACUUUUUUACACCUGAUACAUAAUUCUGUGAAACAUUUUGGAAAUGUAAAUUUUAAAACUAUAAAAAAGUUAUGCAAAAUAUAAAUUCAUUUUAAAUUAAGUUACAGUAAUAUUAGUGUUUUGCAUUUUUGUUGGUCUGAAAUUAACGUUUGGAACUUUUCUAAGCCAGGAUUUUGCUACUUUAAUUCCAUUCAGUUGUCAGAUUGAUAUGGAAACAUUUCAGUUGUUUUAUAUAUGCUGAUUAUUGAAAUUGCAAUAUCCAAAACAUAUUUAAUGUAUUUAAACUUAUACAUUAUUACUGGAAACUGCUCUUGUUUGAAAACAACUGAUGGUUGGAUCAAACUUACUAUGAUGUUUUGAAAUAAAAAAUACUUCAUUUAAAUAUGCUGGUAUUGUAACAAUAUUUUACCAGAUGAAUACAUAUGAGCCGUGCAUGAGAAAACCAACAUAGUGAGUUUGUGACCAGCAUGGAUCCAGACCGGCCUGCACAUCCGCACAGUCUGGUCAGGAUCCAUGCUGUUCGCUGAUGAUUUCUCUAAUUAUCCCCCAGCCAAAGGCGAAGGGGAUAUUAGAAAUGCUCUCCGUGUGUCCGUCCAUCCGCAACGAUCUUUGUCCGGAGCAUAACUCCAAAAGUACUGGAGGGAUUUUCUUCAAACUUCAUACACUGAUAGAACACAUUGGGAGGAAGUGCAGUGUGCAAGAACAGUAACUCUACCUUGCCUAUUUUUUGAGUUAUUCCCCUUAGUCAUAUUAUACGCUGUUUGAAAAAGGGACGUAUUAUGGGAACGCCCCAGGCGGGCGGAUGGGCGGGCGGGCGGCGUCCACAGACCUUGUCCGGAGCAUAUCUUCUACAUGCAUGGAGGGAUUUUGAUGAAACUUGGCACAGUUGUUCACCAUCAUGAGACGGAGUGUCAUGCGCAAGAACCAGGUCCCUAGGUCAAAGGUCAAGGUCACACUUAGAGGUUAAAGGUCAAAUUCAAGAAUGACUUUGUCCGGAGCAUAUCUUCUACAUGCAUGGAGGGAUUUUGAUAAAACUUGGCACAGUUGUUCACCAUUAUGAGACGGAGUGUCAUGCGCAAGAACCAGGUCCCUAGGUCUAAGGUCAAGGUCACACGUAGAGGUCAAAGGAUACAAGAAUGAAAACUUUGUCCGGAGCAUUUCUUCUUCAUGCAUAGAAGGAUUUUGAUAUAACGUGUCACAAAUGUUCACCACCAUGAGGCGGAGUGUCAUGCGCAAGAACCAGGUCCCUAGGUCUAAGGUCAAGGUCACACUUAGAGGUCAAAGGAUACAAGAAUGAAAACCUUGUCCGGAGCAUUUCUUCUUCAUGCACAGAGGGAUUUUGAUAUAACUUGGCACAAAUGUUCACCACCACGAGACGAAGUGUCGUGCGCAAGAACCAGCUCCUAGGUCUAAGGUCAAGGUCACACUUAGAGGCCAAAAGUCGGAUACAAGAAUGACUUUGUCCGAAGCAUUUCUUCUUCAUGCAUGGAGGGAUUUUGAUGUAACUUGGCGCAAUUAUAUACCAUCAUGAGAGGAAGUGUCAUGCACAGUUCCUUUCUUUAGAAUUACUUCCCUUUGUUGUUACUAUAAAUAGCUUUUAUUGUAACUUUUUCAUUACUAGUCGUAGGGAAAUAUUGAGACCAUUUUUCUGUAGUACAACAUGCAUGCUACAUCCAAUUUUGAGGUGUAUUUUGACCAAUCUCUACCUGGUAAAGAUUUUUGUGUGGACUUACAUUUUUGUUUUUUUAUGCCCCCGAAGGGAGGCAUAUAGUUUUUGAACCGUCUGUCAGUCUGUCGGUGUGUCCGCAAUUUUCGUGUCCGGUCCAUAUCUUUGUCAUCGAUGGAUGGAUUUUCAAAUAACUUGGCAUGAAUGUGUUCCACAGUAAGACGACGUGUCGCGCACAAGACCCAGGUCCGUAGCUCAAAGGUCAAGGUCACACUUGGACGUUAAAGGAUAGUGCAUUGAUGGGCGUGUCCGACCCAUAUCUUUGUCAUCGAUGAUGGAUUUUCAAAUAACUUGGCAUGAAUGUGUACCACAGUAAGACGACGUGUCAUGCGCAAGACCCAGGUUCAUAGCUCAAAGCUCAAGGUCACACUUAGACAUUAAAGGAUAGUGCAUUGAUGGGCGUGUCCGGUCCAUAUCUUUGUCAUCGAUGGAUGGAUUUUCAAAUAACUUGGCAUGAAUGUGUACCACAGUAAGACAAUGUGUCACACGCAAGACCCAGGUCCAUAGCUCAAAGGUCAAGGUCACACUUAGACGUUAAAGGUCAUUUUUCAUGAUAGUGCAUUGAUGGGCAUGUCCGGUCCAUAUCUUUGUCAUUCAUGCAUGGAUUUUAAAAUAACUAUGCAUGAAUGUGUGACACAGUAAGACGACGUGUCGCGCGCAAGACCCAGCUCCGUAGGUCAAAGGUCCUAAACUCUAACAUCGGCUAUAACUAUUCAUUCAAAGUGCCAUAGGGGGCAUGUGUCAUCCUGUGGAGACAACUCUUGUUUUUUUUUGUUUUAAAUGUUAACUUCCCUUAGUUGUUACUAUAAAUAACUUAUAUUUUAACAUUUUUAUAAUUGACCAUAGGGAAAAAACAAGACCACUUUUCUGUGGUACAACAUGGAUGUUACUUUCCAAUUUUAGGUGUAUUUUUAGAUAUCUCUACCUGGUAAGGAGUUUUUUUGUGGACUUAGAAAAAUAAAAGAAUUACAAUAAUUUCAAUAAAAAACAUUGUAAACAACUACAAAAUUAAAAUUCCAUUUGCAAAUACAGGUGCUAGUGUAAAGAAAUUUGCUGUGACGGGCGUAUAUUGUGACAUUCUGGCACUCUUGUUCCCUGUUAGCUUUUCAUUCCUUCUUUUUACAGUAGCCAUAUAGAAAAACAUCGUAGCUAUACUGUUCAUGAAAAUUAAUAAAAUUUAGCAGUAAACCACCUCACCACUGAAUAAUUCUUUCUUCCACAUCUUUAAAACCCCUGAUGUGGACCACGACUAAACGGUUCUUCAAAGCUUUCCCCAAAAUAAUACUUUCAGACACUAACUUGCCAGGAACUUUAGCCUUCAAUUAUAAUAUGCCCGGCGGGGGGAUUGGCCAUGUCUAACAUGGCUCUUGUUACAAUAGGCUUUGAAAGCGAUCCUGACCAGACUGUGCAGAUGCGCAGGCUGGUCUUGAUCCAUGCUGGUCACAUAUGUUGGUUUUCUCAUGGCGCGGCUCAAUAUGCAUAUUGAAAUGUACCCCAUACAACUACUUAAUUUAGGCACAGUAUAUUGAAUUUGAGUCUUUACAUCUUUCAGACAUAAUGUUUCUCAAAUUUUGUAAAAUUUAGAAUUUUUUUUAUAUUUUUUUAUAAUCAGUAAUGGCUACCAUUUUGGGCCUGUAAACACAUUUCUACUUUAGUAUUUGCUUAAACUAUGAUUUCUUCAUAUCAAAAUUUACGUUGUAUAAUAUUAUUUCCCUAUUCUUAAGUUAAGAAGUUAUUUUAUUCCUGAAUUUUUGCACUUUGCCUGUAAAAUAUUUACAUAUCUGUCACCUUUCAGUAUUUCUGAAAAUUUAUAUGCAAAACUUUUGUUUAAAUGUUGUUCAUAUUUCAAGGUCAUUACAGAGUUCACGGUCAUUACAUGUACAAAGUUCAAGGUCAUUACAGUAUUCGUUCUAUCUCAUACACAUUUCUAUUGUGUUGUAAUUCGCUGAUCAUGAUGUCUAUUUUGUAAAAAUGUCAGAUUGGAAAUAAAAAGAGGGAAUUAUA